AUGGUUUUUGCCUCAUUGGUCGAAUACGCGGUCGUGUCGUAUAUGAACAAGCGAAUUGUGCUUCGCCGAGAGAAACGACGGCGUCAAGCCGAACAACAGCAAAGGAAUGAAGUGCCAAUGUUUAGUAACCCUGUCACGCCUAAACAACAACCCAACAACAACAGCUACGAAAUGGCGAUGAUCUCGCAGAAUUCAACGCCAGCGAAGAGUUACGCGCCGCAUAACCAACUGAUGGAGAUUCCCGUGGAUUGCGAUUGCCGAACGAUACCACUGAUUCAACAUCCUCGACUCGUCGUCGAUGGGGCGCAUACCAUGUGGCCGGCGCCGUUUGGAAAGCCGAAGAAGGUGAGUGUUACGGGGUUCAACUUGCUCUAG